AUGGACAUAAUUGGUAUAUCUGAAACCAAACUCAACCGUAACAACUCUAAACAUUGUAUGAGAAAAUGUAAUACAUUUCAAUCUUUUUGGAGCUCACACCCUGACCAGCCUAACUCAGCUGGUGUAGGUCUUCUUAUUUCAAAAUCAUUAGCUAGACAUAUAGUAAAAAUUGAAAAAUAUCAAGGACGCAUAAUAUAUGCUGACUUAUAUUUUAAAGGAAAGAAAAAAUUACGAAUUAUUCAGGUUUAUAUCAAUUCUAAUACCAACAAAAAACAAGAAAGAAUUACAACUUCAAAACAAGUAAUUAAAUAUUGUCAAGAGGCAUUAAACAAAAAUUUUUUUACAAUUGUAAUGGGUGACUUCAAUGCAGACCCUGAAAUUUUUCAUAAUUUGCAGAUUAAUAAUCAUACUAUACCUUACACAUAUAAUCUGAUUUCAACAUUACAAACUUUAAAUUUUAUAGACAGUCUUAAAAUCACAAAUCCAAACUCACCUCAAUACACAUGGUCUAAUAAUAACUCAAAAUCACGUAUAGAUCAAAUUUGGAUUUUGCAUAAUUUUGCUCAUGAUCUUGCUCGCACAAAAACUGUUGAUUAUACAUCAAUUUUUUCAACAGACCAUAAAUUAAUAUGGUGUGAUUUAAUAACUUCUAAUUUCUACAAACAUCGUUCCGAUAAUAAUGAACAAAGACAUUGGGAUUAUAACCAGUGUAUAAAUAAUUUUCAACCUACAUGUUCUUGGUUAAAUAGAUCAUGGACCAUACUACAGCAAAUAAUUAUCCAAACUGCUGACAAAGAAAUACCAUUUGAUAAAAUUAGCAGGAAAGAUAGUAAUAAAAGAUCCAAAGAUACUUUGAUAUUACAUAAAUCCCUUAAAUCAUUUGGUCGUUUACUUCAACAAUUUCUUCAAAUCAAAAAUCUUGUAAAUAUAAAUCAGUGCAAUACCAUGUGGAAUGAUAUAAAAAAGAACAUUACCAAGAUUACUCAAAACCUUGAAAUACCUUUAGAAAACCUACCUGAUACUUUAUAUGAUAAUGUAUAUGAACAAACAUAUAAAUAUUUAAUAUCUAUCUUCAACACCAUUAAAUCACAGAAGAAAAUAGAAGACAAGAUUGAAAUUGAAAAGCAAAUUAAAUUUUUCACGAAAAAAAGAUGUGAACAUUAUACAUCAAAUCAAAAAGUCAUGAUUAACAGUAUUUUAGAACGUGAAAAACAAUCUAUUAGAAUUAAUCGUUGCGUAAUUAACAAAGAUGGUGAAGAUGAAAUUCUCCUCUUACCUGAUGAUGUUAAAAAAGCAACUAAAAAUCAUUUUAGCAGUAUUUCAAAUAAUAAUCAUACUACACCUAAUACAUUACCAUCUCCAUGUUGA